AUGUUUGGCCUUGCAAGGAGAGCUGGCGCUAUUGUGGCAAAUUCUACUCGUCGAAUGGUUUUUCAACCUGCACCAUUACAAGUAACAAGUUUACGUUUAAAAUCAAACGUUGAUUCCCAGAUCAGAAAAUUGGCUGAUACAGAAGAUGGUCUUGAAGGAGCAGAUUUACUAAAUUUCCGAGCUCUUGAAAACAGUGACAGCUGGCUGACAAGAAAAGUCUUUUCUGAAAUUGCUGGAUAUGACUCCAUACCAGACCCUAAAGUCAUGGUAGCAGGACUGGUUGCUUGUAGAAGACUGAAUGAUUAUGCCCUAGCUAUCAGAUUCAUUGAAAAUAUCCACCACAAAGCCCAGGGGUUCGAUAAGAAUUUAUGGGCAUACAUCCAGCAAGAAAUUACCCCAGCCAUGCAAGAACUAGGAAUCUCUAGUUUAGAAGAAAUGGGAUAUGAAAAACCAGAAAAGGAAGUUGUAGAUGUUUUUGACAUGAAAUAUAUAAUUGUUAUUGUGUUAAAAGAAGCAGGAAGAUUUAAUUUAUAG